AUGAAUGGACCUAUUAUUCGGGCUUUUCCUUUACUUAUUCUGUUUCUGGGAAUUGCACCGAGCGGUUGGUGUCUAGAGGGAGAUGCAUAUAGUGACUCUAGAAAUCCAGCUAUGUUACCUCUUGUAACAACCCUAAUCUAUAACCAGAUGUCAAAUGUCACCUCUCUUUUCAAGAAUGACGUCUCAAAUUAUCUGGGUUAUUGCGUAACGGACGUGGAUGCUGAGUGGAAUGCUGCUUUCAACUUUUCAGACAAUCUUGAUUUCGUUACCAAUUGUGUCAAGCAGAUAAAAGGAGAUGUCACACAUAGGCUAUGCACUGCUGCAGAAGUAAAGCUCUACUUCAGUAGCUUUUUCGAAUCAAAAUCUUCAGCUGCUCAAUUCUUACGUCCCAACAAGAACUGUAACUUAAGUUCCUGGGCUCCUGGAUGUGAGCCAGGGUGGUGUUCCAGUGUUCCUGCCAAUGUUAAAAUUGACAUGAAGAACACCAAUGAAAUACCCGAUCGGACUGAAGAUAGUCUUCCCUGUUGCGAAGGAUUCUUUUGCCCUCAGGGCCUUACUUGCAUGAUCCCUUGCCCGUUGGGUUCUUACUGCCCUCGUGGAAAUCUUAAUACAGCAACUGGCAUUUGUGAUCCAUACCGUUAUCAGUUGCCUCCUAUGUCGAAUCAUAGUUGUGGUGGUGCCGAUAUGUGGGCUGAUGUUUCGACUAGUAAGGAGAUAUUCUGUUCAGCUGGAUCAUACUGUCCAACCACUACCAAAGAGAUUUCUUGCAGUAGUGGGCGUUAUUGCCAAAUGGGUACAACAGCUCAAAAAAGAUGUUUUCAAUUGAGUAAUUGCAAGCCAGGAACUGCAGAUCAAGAUAUCCAUGUCUAUGGAAUCAUUCUAAUUGUUGCACUGAGUUUGCUGCUGCUCAUAAUAUACAAUUUCUCUGAUCAAGUCAUAAGUACUCGUUAUAAAAGAAUGGCCAAGUCCAGGGAAGCUGCAGCAAGGAGCGCUAGAGAAACUGCCCAAGCAAGACAAAGGUGGAAGACUGCAAAAGAUUUGGCCAAGAAAAGAUCGCUUCAGCAAUCCCGUUCGCAGAAAGCAGCAGACGCACCCAAGGUGGGGACUGAUCAAGCUCCUCCUGCUGUUCCACCUCAGUCAAGUUCAGCUGAAAAACCAUCUGCUGUUGUUGCUCCUAAAGGAAAAAAAAAGGAUUCGACAAACCUCACAAAGAUGUUGGAUUCAAUUGACGAUAACCCAGAGAGCAAUGAAGGUUUCAAUUUAAAGAUAGGAGACAGGAACAUCAAAAAGCAGCAUGUGCCCAAGGCAAAAGAGCUUCACUCUAAGAGCCAGAUUUUUAAAUAUGCAUACGGUCAACUUGAGAAGGAGAAAGCAAACGAGCAGAAAAAGAAUAUGACAUUCUCUGGAGUUAUCUCUAUGGCAACUGAUGACGAUGAAGUCUUGAAAAGACCAUCGAUUGAGGUCGCUUUCAAGAACUUGACGAUUACUCUUAAAGGGAAAAGAAGACACCUAAUGAGAUGUGUAAGUGGAAAACUCAUGCCCGGUAGAGUUUCUGCAGUCAUGGGUCCAUCCGGUGCUGGAAAGACCACCUUUCUCUCUGCCUUGGCUGGAAAGAUCACUGGAUGUACUAUGACUGGCUGUAUUCUCAUAAAUGGAAAACUUGAAUCCAUUCAUUCAUUCAAGAAGAUAAUUGGUUAUGUGCCACAAGAUGACGUUGUUCAUGGGAACUUGACUGUGGAGGAGAACCUACGUUUCAGUGCUCGAUGCAGGCUGGCAUCUGAUUUGCCAAAAGCAGAUAAAGUGUUGGUUGUUGAAAGAGUAAUUGAAUCUCUCGGACUGCAACUGAUUCGUGAUUCACUAGUAGGAACAGUAGAGAAACGAGGAAUCUCUGGAGGACAAAGAAAAAGAGUUAAUGUUGGACUAGAAAUGGUCAUGGAACCUUCUUUAUUGAUAUUGGAUGAGCCAACCUCUGGUUUGGAUAGUUCUUCUUCCAAUCUACUUCUUAAAGCACUUCGUCGUGAAGCUCUUGAAGGUGUCAACAUCUGCAUGGUUCUUCACCAGCCAAGCUUUGUGCUAUUCCAGAUGUUUGACGAUUUAAUACUUCUCGCGAAAGGUGGUUUCACUGUGUACCACGGUUCUGUUAAGAAAGUUGAAGAAUACUUUUCUGGUAUUGGAAUACAUGUUCCAGAACGUGUUACUCCUCCUGACCAUUUUAUCGACAUUUUGGAGGGUAUAACUAAACCAGGACCGGGUUUAACUGCCCAGCAGCUCCCUGUCAGAUGGAUGCUUCACAAUGGUUAUGCAGUUCCCCCCGAUAUGAUGGAAAUAUGCGACGAAAUCUCAAAAUCUUCAUCCAAUAAAGGUCAGAAUAAUACUAAUAACGCUAUUGCUGGGGAAACAUGGCAGGAUGUGUCCUUAUCCACUGAUUCUCAAAACGAUCAAGUCGAUUUCAAUUAUUCAAAGGGACACGAUCUGUCUGGCCGCAUUACUCCUGGUGUUCUUCGACAAUAUCGCUAUUUCCUUGGCAGGGUUGGAAAGCAGAGACUAAGAGAAGCUGAUAUGCAAGCAGCUGACUAUUUGAUCCUACUAAUAGCUGGAGCAGCACUAGGGACUCUCUCGAAAACCACCGACGCAAGUUUUGGGGAACUCGGUUAUACUUAUACUGUAAUAGCUCUUUCACUUCUGUGCAAAUUAGCGGCCUUGAGAUCAUUUUCACUGGACAAACUCCAUUAUUGGAGGGAGAGCGCUUCUGGGAUUAGCAGCCUGGCUUACUUCCUUUCCAAGGACACUAUAGACCUUUUCAACACGAUAGUGAAGCCAUUGGUUUAUCUUUCCAUGUACUAUUUCUUCAACAACACUAGAUCAUCGUUCGAAGAUAAUUAUGCUGUCUUGGUCUGCCUUGUUUACUGUGUGACCGGAAUGGCUUAUGUGUUUGCCAUAAUGCUUGAACCUAGUCCUGCUCAAUUGUGGUGUGUACUGCUUCCAGUGGUGUUAACUCUGAUUUCAAACCAAGAUAAAGACAGCCAAGUCUCGAGACUUGUGGGAAAUUACUGCUAUCCAAAAUGGGCUAUGGAAGCCUUUCUCCUUGCUAAUGUUGAAAGGUACAAUGGAGUUUGGGUAAUAACGCGAUGUGGAACGUUAUUACAGAGUGGUUAUGAUCUUCACAACUGGGGAAGAUGUCUGACUUGCCUCAUAGUGACUGGAGUACUGUGUAGAUUUAUAGCUUAUUUUUGUUUGGUCACAUUCCAGAAGAAGUGAUUUUGAUUUGAUUUGAUUAUUUUGAUGACUUCCUUUUUGUGUGAGU